CAUUCAGAUACAAAAAAGGACCAAGAAUUACUUUUUCUUUGUGAAUGUUUUUCGAUACAUACAUUUUUCAAGCCGUUCUGCUGUUGACCUUUUAAUACUUGGAUUUCCAACAUUUCUACAUUUUUACAUUUUGUGAGUGUGUGAGGCCUGUGGAGAGGAGGGUGAAAGCAUGGACCUUUUCUGGAUAACAGUGUCUCUUUCUCUCUUUUUGAAGUGUGUGGAGUGCUCAGGAACAGCAAAAGAAUGGACAUAUGCAGGUGCUGUGGGACAGCCAGAAUGGGCAGAGUUUUUUCCUGACUGUGGUGGUUCCAGCCAGUCACCCAUAAAUGUGGACACAUUGCAAACACUACAUGACCCAACGCUAAUCCCUGUGCAGCCCCUGGGAUACAACCAGCCUGGUAACAGACCAUUCAUCCUCUCCAAUAAUGGCCAUUCAGUGCUGAUGACAUUGCCACAUUGGAUGGGCUUGGCUGGGUUGCCAUGGUAUUAUAGUGCUGUACAGCUGCACCUGCACUGGGGUAAUGGAGUGGGCGUAGCUACAGGAAGUGAACACACCAUUAAUGGACAGAGCACUUCCGCAGAGCUCCAUAUUGUCCAUUACAAUACAGAGGUUUAUGCUAAUAUGACCGAAGCUGCGACCCAAGAAAAUGGCCUGGCUGUGUUAGGGAUUCUAAUUGAGGCAGGUGAAGAGAUUAAUCAGGCAUAUGGUAGUAUUCUCAACUAUCUGGGCCGCAUCAGAUAUGCAGGCCAGAAGGUGGCUAUCCCUGCAUUUGACAUACAGUCACUGCUGCCUAACAACCUCAGCGAAUAUUUCCGCUACAAUGGCUCACUCACCACUCCACCCUGCCGCCAGAGUGUCCUCUGGACCAUCUUCAAUGAAAGGGUGAAAAUAUCUCAUUCACAGCUAAUGAAAUUAGAGACACUGUUGUACUCCAGCAAAGCGGAAGAAGCAGAGCCCAUGGUUCUCCAGGAUAACUAUCGUGCCACCCAGCCACUUAACAACAGAACUGUCCUGUCCUCUUUCAUAGCUGUCUCAGUUCAAAUUUAUACUGCAGGUGAAAUCACAGCGAUUGUGAUUGGGUCUCUGUGUGGAUGUAUAGGUUUGGCUGUUAUCAUCUACUUCAUUGUGAAAACUAUUCGCUUAACUUCAAGCUGGGAUGUCCUGCCAAGUAUCCGACCUGCUCCUGAGCCCAGAACACAAGAUGUGGCAACAGAACACAAACAGGAUAUGGCUUUAAAGAUUACUUCUAACCCAGGAAAACCAGAGGAAGAUGUCCCUCAGCCUAAAACUUGAUACUUAACCUUCCAUGUGUAUCUUAGCCUUUUUGUCUUGUGAAAGUGCAUGAGAAAAUGUUCACUUUAUUUUGAUAGUCCCUUUAACACAUUCUGUUGACUAUAAGUAACGUUGCAGCUACAUGUCUACUAACUCUCGUUAGAGUGUUAGUAGAGUAUUAGUAGACAGGGUUGAGGCCCCGAUAUACUCAUGAGCAAGUUCUUUUUCGUUCUUAGUUUUGGGUUAAAACGAAGUUCAAAAUACGUGGGCAGCGAUAUACUGUUAGUUGACGCCGCCAACACUGCUGAGAGCAACGGUUAGAUGCAUAUGUAAAUAUGUGCUGCGGGCUUACCUCUCUCAAUAACAAAAUAAACACACAAUAAAAUUGAGAA